AUGGCCCCACCAGCUGACCGGGAUCUGGCCUCAGCUUCGUCCCCUCAGCUCCGUUGCCCAGUGCGCCUCUCUGAGCCCGGACGCUGGAUUCCAUCCUCCGCCUCUAGAAGCCUCAGGAAUGGCGAGAAUCCGGAGGCAGAGCCCGCGAGUGACGGGCUGCGGGAGAGGGCUGCAGAUCCACAGCCUCUGGGGAACGCGCCACCACAGGCAGCCCCCACCCGGGGCUGGAGGCUGUAUUCAGUCUACGGUCCAGCAGAGUCUCAGGAGGCUGUGUUUGCAGAUGUGUGUCCCCUACUGACGUCCUUCCUGGACGGGUUCAACGUGUGCAUCAUGGCCUACGGGCAGACUGGGAGCGGGAAGAGCUACACCAUGCUGGGGCCGCGUGCUGGGGAUGAGCCUGGGCUGCCGUCGGGGGCUCACGCUGACUUGGGAAUUAUCCCCAGAGCCGCGGAGGAGCUCUUCAGGCUCAUUUCAGAAAGUCCACCGAGAAGCCCCACGGCUGAGCUGUCCAUAGUGGAGAUCUACAAUAACGACAUUUUUGAUCUCCUGGCCAAGGAGGGUUCUGGAGCAGCGGCUGGGACCAAGCGUGAGGUCCUGACGACCCGGGAAGGGUGCACAGAGGUCCCCGGUCUGACCUGCACGGCCGUCGCCAGCGCCGCAGAGCUGGUGGCACUUGUCCACGGAGGUCUGCAGCUCAGAGCGAGGCACCCCACCUUGGUGCACAUGGCUUCUUCCAGAUCUCACCUGGUGGUGACGGUGACUCUGACCAUGGUGUCCCCCUCAGACAGCACUGGCCCGCAGCACCAUCCAGCCCCCCUGCAGGGUCACGCUGGGGCAGGGAAGGGGUGGAGCACCUCUCCCCAGGCUCGGCCUCUCCAGCCCCUUCCUGUGGACCACACGGGUUCUGCGAGGCAAGCGCGGGCCAAGCUGCAGCUGGUGGACCUGGCCGGCAGUGAGUGUGCAGGUGCAUCUGGGGUGACUGGCCUGGCACUAAGGGAGACCUCGUUCAUCAACCGGAGCCUUGCAGCCCUGGCAGAUGUCCUGGGUGCCCUGUCGGAGCGCCGUGGCCACGUGCCUUAUCGGAACAGCAAGCUUACCCACCUGCUCCAGGACACCAUCGGGGGUGAUGCGAAGCUCCUGGUGAUCCUCUGUGUGUCCCCCGGGCAGAAGCACGUGGCAGAGACACUGCAGGGCCUGGGGUUUGGGGCCCGAGCUCGGCAGGCUGAGCGGGGACAGGCUGGGAAGAGGCCUUCCUGCGCCCAGGUGAGGAAGUCGUGCGGGGGCUCCGCAUCUCGAUGA